UUUCGCACCUCGUACCUCUCGCGCGCGGUGAGCUCUCUCUCUCCUCCGGCGCGAUCAGGUGGUAGCGAACGAUCGGCGAUCCGCUGUGCUUCUCGGCGCCUUCAGCAGUUCGGCAGCUUCUGGACCGGUCCGCGUCUCAGGUGAAUCCGAAGAUUCGUAUGUGCCGCACGACCGCGCCUGGCACGUUCCCGUAUCGCUCCGCUGAUAGACGGUGCCAACGGCAUGCGUCCCCGGAGACACCGUUGAUAGCGGAGAAAAAGAGCGAGAGAUCGUCGAAGGGCGCGAAGAGGAAGACGCAUCUUGGCAUUCUUGGCAUGAGAGAAAUGCACGGGCGUGGACCAGGAGAGAGCGAGUGACACACGAUGACACGACGACGGCCGCCCGCGCCGGCCCGCAGCAUCGCGCCGCUCUGCGCGAUCGCUUGGGCGUUCUGGCUCGUGUUACCCGCUGAAACCGGAGCGGGGCCUAACUACGCGGACAACAAACAGAGAUACGAUGGGUUUUACAACAAUCUGAUCCAUCCUGACUGGGGUGCAAUCGAUAGUAGGCUAAUCCGAAAAGUCCCGGCGGCAUAUUCCGACGGUGUGUACGCGAUGGCUGGCCAAGACAGGCCAUCCCCCCGGAAGCUGAGCGACCUGUUCAUGCAAGGUGACGAUGGUCUGCCGUCGGUGAAAAAUCGAACCGCAUUGUUCGCUUUUUUCGGACAGCUGGUCACGUCGGAGAUAAUCAUGGCCAGCGAAAGUGGUUGCCCCAUAGAAUUUCAUCGGAUCGACGUGGACAAAUGCGAUCCGGUUUUCGACAAGGAGUGCCAAGGUAACAAGUACAUUCCGUUCCUGCGAGCGGAUUACGACCGUCACACCGGGCGCAGCCCCAACAGUCCACGGGAACAGAUAAAUAAAGUCACGAGCUGGAUCGAUGGCAGCUUCGUCUAUUCGAGCAGCGAGGCGUGGGCCAAUACAAUGCGCGCGUUUGUGAACGGCAGCCUUCUCAUGGAGCAGACAAGACAAUUCCCCGUGAGGAACACCAUGCGCGCGCCCCUCUUCAAUCACGCCGUGCCGCACGUUAUGCGAAUGCUCAGCCCGGAGCGCCUAUAUCUCCUUGGCGAUCCGAGAACGAAUCAGCACCCGCCGUUGCUGGCCCUGGGUAUCUUGUUCUAUCGGUAUCACAAUGUCAUAGCGGCUCGUGUACAGAAGGAACAUCCCGGCAUGUCUGACGAAGAAGUUUUUCAGAGGGGACGUCAAAUGGUCGUCGGGGCGAUUCAGAACAUAAUCCUUUACGAGUACCUUCCGGCAUUGCUAAACGAGGAUCUGCCAUCGUACACCGGUUAUAAACCAGAUCUGCAUCCGGGUAUUAGUCAUAUCUUCCAAAGUGCCGCUUUUCGAUUCGGUCACACUCUUAUACCGCCGGGCAUAUAUCGGCGAAAUGAAAAUUGCGAAUACAGGAAGACCAACACAGGCCAGCCAGCUAUGAGACUUUGCUCUACAUGGUGGGACUCGAACGAGGUUUUAGCUAACAGCACGAUCGAGGAGCUGAUCAUGGGGAUGGCGUCGCAAUUGGCGGAGAAGGAGGACAAUCUUCUCGGUACCGACAUCCGAAACAAUCUCUUUGGCCCCAUGGAAUUCUCGCGCCGAGACCUCGGCGCCCUGAACAUCAUGCGAGGUCGCGACAACGGUCUUCCGGACUACAAUACAGCCAGGGCGCGAUUCAAGCUGGCCAAGCGGAAAACGUGGAACGAGAUUAAUCCGGAAUUGUUCAAUAAAAACCCGUCGCUGCUACGUACCCUCAUCGAAAUUUACUCGAAUAAUCUCAACAACGUUGAUGUUUACGUCGGUGGGAUGCUCGAGUCCAAGGGCGGUCCCGGAGAGCUUUUCACCGCGGUUAUAAAGGAACAAUUUCUUCGUUUACGGGACUCCGAUAGGUUCUGGUUCGAGAACGAGGAAAACGGCAUUUUCGCGAAAAACGAGAUAGAGGAAAUCCGUCGUAUCACUCUCUGGGACGUGAUCACGAACGCGACCAGCAUACCGCCCGAUGCGAUCCAAAGACGAGUGUUCGUUUGGCAAGACGGUGACCCGUGUCCUCAGCCAUUCCAAUUGAAUUCGACAAUGCUCGAACCCUGCGUCCCUCUACAGCGCUACGAUUACUUUGAGGGUAGCGAACUCGUCUACAUCUACGCGUGCGUGUUUCUUGGAUUCGUUCCGAUCCUUUGUGCCGGUGCCGGGUACGGAUUGGUGAAACUGCAGAACAGACGGCGGCGCAGAUUGAAAAUACUUCAAGAGGCGAUUCAGAAGCGAAGUGAUGGCCGGAUCUGCGUCGAUAAGAUGAUCGUACGCGAGUGGUUGCACGCGAACCAUCGCCGUCUCGUAAAGGUGAAAUUCGGACCGGAAGCGGCGUUGCACAUCGUCGAUCGGAAGGGGGAGAAACUACGCACGUUUGACUUCAGCGGCGUCAACACCAUAACUAUGGAGGAGUCGCAGGAGAGCGAAACCGGACAUCGUAAGGCCCUAGUGCUGUUACGUAUACCGCGCGACUACGACCUUGUCCUUGAACUCGAUUCGUUGGCUUCGCGUAGAAAGUUCAUUGCGAAAUUGGAGGCGUUUCUGGCGUCGCAAAAAAAGCAUUUCACACUCACGCCAGUCGCCCGGGAUAUCAUGCUGGCAAAAGCGGAAACCAAGGAGCGCCGGCAAAAGAAGCUCGAACAGUUCUUCAGAGAAGCGUACGCGUUGACUUUCGGUUUACGGCCCGGCGAACGAAGACGGCGAUCCGAAGACAGUGACACCGGGGAGGUCGUCACGGUAAUGCGCACGUCGCUUUCCAAAAGCGAAUUCGCGAGUGCUCUCGGCAUGCGGCCCGACGCGGUCUUCGUGAAGAAAAUGUUCAACAUCGUCGACAAAGACGGCGACGGCCGGAUCUCCUUCCAGGAAUUCUUGGACACGGUCUUGCUGUUCUCGCGCGGCAAAACCGAGGACAAGCUGCGCAUCAUCUUCGAUAUGUGCGAUAAGGAUAGCAACGGCGUGAUCGACAAGGAAGAGCUAUCGGAGAUGUUGAGGUCGCUCGUGGAAAUAGCCCGUACCACGAGUCUCUCGGAUGAUCACGUCACGGAACUGAUCGACGGCAUGUUCCAGGAUGCCGGACUCGAGAGGAAGGACUAUCUCACGUACAAUGAUUUUAAAUUGAUGAUGAAGGAGUACAAAGGUGACUUCGUUGCGAUUGGUCUCGAUUGCAAAGGCGCCAAGCAGAAUUUUCUCGACACAUCGACGAAUGUCGCUCGCAUGACUAGCUUUCACAUCGAUCAACUGCCGCCGGAGGAUUCGAAGAGCUGGACGCGUAAGCAGUGGGAUGCCAUAUCGACUUUCCUCGAAGAGAAUAGGCAAAACAUAUUCUACCUUUUCGUUUUCUACGUGGUCACCAUAGCUCUCUUCGUUGAGAGAUUUAUUCAUUACUCUUUUAUGGCAGAACAUACGGAUCUCAGGCACAUAAUGGGCGUGGGAAUCGCCAUAACCAGAGGAUCAGCGGCCGCCCUGUCCUUUUGCUACAGUCUUCUGCUAUUGACGAUGUCGCGUAAUUUGUUAACGAAACUGAAGGAAUUCUCGAUCCAGCAGUACAUUCCGCUGGACUCGCAUAUACAAUUUCAUAAGAUCGCAGCAUGUACGGCACUUUUUUUUUCCGUGCUGCAUACGGUUGGUCACAUAGUCAACUUUUAUCACGUUUCUACGCAGCCGAUAGCGCAUCUUCGCUGCCUCACCAGUGAAAUCAGCUUUCCCAGCGACGCGCGGCCUACUAUCUCCUUCUGGCUGUUCAGAACAGUGACCGGUUUAACCGGUAUUCUUCUCUUCGUCAUCAUGACGAUCAUUUUCGUCUUUGCACAUCCGACUAUACGGCAGAAAGCCUACAAGUUCUUUUGGUCGACACAUAGCCUGUAUGUCGUCCUAUAUGCACUCUGCCUGAUCCACGGUCUGGCCCGUUUGACAGGCUCACCGCGAUUCUGGAUAUUCUUUAUCGGCCCGGCAAUCAUUUAUGCGCUGGACAAAGUCGUCAGUCUGCGAACUAAAUAUAUGGCUCUGGACAUCAUCGAGACGGAAUUACUACCCUCCGAUGUAAUUAAGAUCAAGUUCUACAGGCCUCCGAACUUGAAGUAUCUGUCGGGCCAGUGGGUGCGUCUCGCCUGCACCGCUUUCAGGUCCAACGAGUUUCACUCCUUCACGUUGACCUCGGCACCGCACGAAAAUUUUCUGUCGUGCCACAUAAAAGCUCAGGGACCGUGGACGUGGAAGCUUCGUAAUUACUUCGAUCCCUGCAAUUACAGUCCGGAGGACGAUCGUCCGAAAAUUCGUAUAGAGGGUCCGUUCGGUGGAGGAAAUCAAGAUUGGUACAAGUUCGAGGUCGCGGUGAUGGUCGGAGGAGGCAUCGGGGUGACUCCCUACGCCUCGAUGCUCAACGACCUCGUGUUUGGAACGUCUACCAACAGAUAUUCGGGGGUUGCGUGUAAGAAGGUCUAUUUUUUAUGGAUCUGCCCAUCGCACAAACACUUCGAAUGGUUCAUCGACGUUCUCAGAGAUGUUGAGAGAAAAGACGUUACGGAUGUACUUGAAAUUCAUAUAUUCAUCACACAAUUCUUUCAUAAGUUCGAUUUACGUACUACUAUGCUGUACAUAUGUGAGAAUCACUUUCAGAGGCUAUCGAAGAAGAGUAUAUUUACCGGACUGAAGGCCAUCAACCAUUUCGGUCGGCCAGACAUGACGUCGUUUCUGAAAUUUGUUCAGAAGAAACACAGCUAUGUUAGCAAAAUAGGAGUAUUUAGCUGUGGACCGCGUCCUCUGACGAAAAGCGUCAUGUCGGCCUGCGACGAGGUCAACAAAACGCGGCGUCUGCCGUACUUCAUUCAUCACUUCGAGAACUUCGGCUAGUCGGGUACCGUGCUCCCCGUUCGCACGAGAUAACGGACUGUCAACGGUGUUUGACAGCCUUCUAUCGUGAAUCUCGACGAUUUACUGCAGAAUGUACAUAUUUAUGCGCUGAGGCGCUACUUUUUACUAUUUAUUAUCUAUC